AUGAGCAAGGUCGGACACUGCAUGGGUUCCAGGUCCGUGCAGUCGAGCAGUACCACGGUGCCCGCUUUGACGUGGUCGAGCACCUCUCUCGGUGCCUGGAUUUACAGGGUCGGGCAGAGCCGCGGCACGCAGCGCGACGUGCACGAGCGCGCCGCUGGCGCCAGCGAGGAGGCCGUGGUGUCCGAGGAAGACCGCAGCCUGAUGAUGCAGCUGACGCAGUCGCAGAUUCUGGAUCGGGGGUGGGCUGGCUCGAGGCAGUACGGGCCCGAGGACGGCACGAGGCAUGGAGACUACAGAGAUGAUGACCCACUGAACGUCAUCACCCAGGAAAGGAGGGACUCCAGCACGAGCGAGGUGACCGCGAAUGCCGCCAACCUCCUCGAUGAAGCGCUCCACGGCGAAGCUGGGCACAAUGAGGCAUUUUGUGAUGAAGCACUCCGUGAUGAAGCAUUCCCCGAGGAAGCGCACCGCAAUGAAGCUCACUCCCCGAUGAAGCACGGGUUGGUGAAGCACAACCCUGCGGAGCACUCGACGGACUUUGUGAAGAACAGCGAUCUGGGCGGUCGCAAGUACAGUAUCGGCUCGGAGACGGACCAGCAGGGCAAGCUCGCGAGGUCCUUCAGCGACAAGUCAGUGAAACUGCAGGGAGGCGAGUUCCAGCCCGGCACCGAGGGCAUUGGUUACGCCUGCAAGAAGGGCCUCAAGCCGGAGGCCCCUAAUCAGGACAGCUUCUUCAUCAUGAAGGUGGACGACCAGUACUCUCUGUACGGCGUGUUCGACGGCCACGGCAGCAAAGGUCACGACGUCUCCAACUUCGUCAAGGACAACCUGCCCAAGAUCCUGUUUUCCCAGGACGGUCUCGACACCGACCCGAAGAGCGUGCUGCUGAAGACCUUUGCGAAGACGCAGUAUCUCAUCGAGAAGGCGACCGCGCUGAAGCAGAUCGACGCCACCCGGAGCGGCACCACCUGCUCGGUGGUCCUGCACAGUCACAAGGACAACGUUCUCCACAUUGCGCAUGUAGGUGACAGCCGCGUCGUCCUGGGCAAGAUGGACAAAAAAGGCAAGAUCAAGGCCAUUGACCUGACGGUCGACCACAAGCCUGACAUGCCGGAGGAAGCGUGA